CCAAGGGGAUCGUGGAGCCCCCUGAGGUUCCAGGGAUCCCCGUCUCCGUGGGCGCAUCUGUCCCGGCGCGGCGGGGGUUAAGGUGGGCGCCCGCGCCCCGCACCCGCCGGGAUGAGCUCGCAGUCCGCGCUGCCUGCCAGCCGGCUCGCACGGAGUCGACACCGGGAGAAAGUGGCGGUCAGGGAUGCAGCUGCUGCCAUGACAACCCCGGCGGUCAGGGACCGCGCGCGUCCGGGCUGCUCUCCGGAGGAAGGCGGCGCGGAGGCCGGGGGCGGCCGCUGAGCGUGGCGUCCGCGCGUCCCCGCGUCCCGUGCAGCGUUCCCGGAGGAGGAGGGGGCCGCAGUCCGCUCAGCUCCAGGCGCCCAAAGCCUGCGCCGCGGCGCUCCGCGGGCUGGCGAGGGCCGAGCUGGCGAGAAUCGCCCGCCGGGCCCCAGGGAGGACAGCCUCAGAGUGAAGGAUCCGGGCUACGCCUGCUGCGGGUCUCCGUGUGGAACUUUUUAUCGCCUUGGGGUCCAGAUGCGAGACUUGGGGGCUGUUUUCUAACUCUACCCAUACAUGUGUGUGAUCUAAUAAAACAUUUUCUCCUCUCCUUGAAGCAGGAGCUUUUUAUGACAUCUCCUUUCUGUCAGAGACACUUGCCUUCUUUGGGUUAUAAACUUUUGAUGCCAGACCUCUGCAGAACGCGCCCAACUGAAUCUUAAAGUAGCUUCACCGGGAGAGGCAGAGAACGCACAAUCUGUGACCUUCGUCCCUGCUCCUUCUUUCGUGCUCUCCCUCCUGGCGGGCUCCCUCCGCCCCAGGGAGCUUCGAGAAAGCUCUUUUUUUGGAUGCAGGAGGGGGCAUCUGGUUCUGCUAGGCUGGAAAGCUGAGGCUGGAGCCGAGGAAGAAUUAUUAGGCUCCUGAGAGCCGGGACUCAGCCUCUCCUUCUCCCUCUCCCAGCUCCUGGCUUGCUCUCUCUUUCUCUCGGUGCUUUCGCCCCUCAACACUUCCGGCUGUUCGGAGAGGGCAGGGGACAGGAACCUUGCAGCUGCGGGAGUUCUGGGAAGUUGUUGCUGACAAGAAUGGGGGUCUGUGGGUACCUGUUCCUGCCCUGGAAGUGCCUCGUGGUCGUGUCUCUCAGGCUGCUGUUCCUUGUACCCACAGGAGUGCCGGUGCGCAGCGGAGAUGCCACCUUCCCCAAAGCUAUGGACAACGUGACGGUCCGGCAGGGGGAGAGCGCCACUCUCAGGUGUACCAUAGAUGAUCGUGUCACCAGGGUAGCCUGGCUAAACCGCAGCACAAUCCUCUACGCUGGGAAUGACAAGUGGUCCAUAGACCCUCGAGUGAUCAUCUUGGUCAACACACCUACCCAAUACAGUAUCAUGAUCCAGAAUGUGGAUGUAUAUGAUGAAGGUCCAUACACCUGCUCUGUGCAGACAGACAAUCACCCCAAAACCUCCCGAGUCCACCUCAUAGUGCAAGUUCCUCCCCAGAUAAUGAACAUCUCUUCAGACAUUACUGUGAAUGAAGGAAGCAGUGUGACCCUGUUAUGUCUUGCAAUUGGCAGACCAGAACCAACAGUGACAUGGAGACACCUGUCAGUCAAGGAAGGCCAGGGCUUUGUGAGCGAAGAUGAAUACCUGGAAAUCUCUGACAUCAAGCGUGACCAGUCCGGGGAAUAUGAAUGCAGCGCCUUGAAUGAUGUUGCAGCACCUGAUGUGCGGAAAGUAAAAAUCACUGUAAACUACCCUCCGUAUAUCUCAAAAGCCAAGAACACUGGUGUUUCAGUCGGUCAGAAGGGCAUCUUGAGCUGUGAAGCGUCUGCUGUCCCCAUGGCUGAAUUCCAGUGGUUCAAGGAAGAUACCAGGUUAGCCACCGGCCUGGAUGGGGUGAGGAUUGAGAACAAAGGACGCAUAUCCACUUUGACUUUCUUCAAUGUCUCAGAGAAGGAUUAUGGGAAUUAUACCUGUGUGGCCACAAAUAAGCUUGGGAACACCAAUGCCAGCAUCACACUGUAUGAAAUAAGCCCCUCAUCAGCAGUGGCAGGGCCUGGAGCAGUCAUUGAUGGUGUAAACUCAGCCUCUAGAGCACUGGCUUGUCUCUGGCUCUCAGGGACCUUCUUUGCCCACUUCUUCAUCAAGUUUUGAUAAGAAACCAUAGGUCCUCUGAGCAUCGCCUGCUUCUCCAUAUUACAGACUUUAAUCUACACUGCGGAGGGCAAACCAGUUUGGGCUUCUUUUGUUUAUUUUUGUUCUCCUUGACUUUUUUGUUGGUUUGUUGGUUUGUUUGCUUUCUGGGAUUUUCAGUUUUAUUUGAUUUUUCUUCUUUAGUUUGAAUGCAGGGGUUGGAGGUCGGGGUGGGCAGGGUUCUACCAAGGGUAGGAUAAUCAUUCAUUGGUAUACCCCCAAAUGGAAUCUAUUCCUGCUACCUUGGCCUUCCUUUUCUCUACUUCUCUUCCUACCACCAUUAACACACACACACACACACACACACACACUCACUCCACAAAAUUAGGCAAAGAGUAUAUGUUAUGAUAAGCACCCUGAUGGUACAAGUUGACUCACAAUGUAGUACAAAGUAAGAGUUGCAUCUAAAUGUACUAUUUUCUUUGUCUUUUAAGUUUUCAUUCAUUUUUCCUAGCUAAAACAUACACAUUCUUAUAAUCACCCCAUGCUUAUGAUCACCUAUCCUAUUAGGCGACACACCUUUCCUUUCUAGGAAUCUGUCUCACUACACCCUGGAUGUGCCUAUAUGUACAUCCAUAUGUAAAAAAAUUGCCAUCUUCUCUGGCCAUUCUGCUCUAUUCAUUUCUUCCACUAACCCUAAGAAUUACAGCUAAGACUAUGCAUGCAACCCAAAACUUAAAAUGUAGAAGUCCAAUAACCAAAUAAGGGAAGUAUAUUUAGGGUAGUAAUUCCCUUAAACUGCUGUCACAACUCAUAAAAUGGUGAUCAAUAGCUAGCUAAUUAUUUUAUCAAGCUAUCAAAUCAAUCAUGGCAUUAUCAGGUACUCAAUUGAUUUAUUUCUGCAUCUAGUUCUACCCGCCUGUCUUUCUCAUCAUCUAUUGGCUCUACUUACCUAACCGUUCUUUUUGUUUCUCUUCCCACUGUUCACUAUCAAUUCAUCACUGUAUUAAUCUCUAAUCAUGUUGUGUCUGUGCCACUAUCUUCAUUUCUCCACUACCAUCAAUAGAUAUUGCCAUCUUCAAAACUGCCUAGCAACUCCUUUUGUGAAAGCCGGUGAUCUCGCAGGCUAGCUGCACAGAAGAACAACUUCCUGUGUCAUGGAUCCUUGGGAGUGUGGUAACCCAUCCACCCAAAUUAGACAUUUCGAACAGAUGGACCAAAGUAAUAAUCUAAAGAUUAGUCACUCAGGAUUCGCAGAGAGACUGUUUCCUGAACCACCUUCUCAGGAGGCAGAUGAGCCCUGGAGAAGCCUUGAUUAUGCUGCAUUUCUCCCUUAACAGCUGGGAAAUUAAAGUACCACCCUCCUGCUUCUCUCAGCCUUUCAAGAAAAGCGUGUGUCAGGAACUUGGAGGAACUUCUUCGUGGCUGGCUUUCAUUAGCAGAAAGAACCUGACAAAAAAAAAAAAAAAAACACAUACCUGUCCCUUCUAUGUAAAGACAGCAGUCCAUCAGCCGAAGUGUGAUGACUGUAGCUAAGCAUCUCCCUUCUGCUCCAGUUUUGAUUUGAAUUGUUUGAAAAUUAUCCAGCAAAGGGCUGAUGGAGGCCAAUUACGUGGCGGGUGUGUUGACAACUCUGGUAUUUGUUUCAGAAAGCUCUUCUGAGCUGAGGGCACUUGAGCUACUGACUUAAUUUCCAAGCACUUGAUUAACACAACAUGGCAAACAGAGAGGCAAACUGUAAGUAAUACAGUUUCCUAGGCUAUUCCUCCAGCGGCUUUGGGGAUACAUGUCCCCAAAUUCUUAUGUUCAAAGCAGGCUUACUGUACAAAUAAGAUCAGAUACAACCUCUCAGCAUUGUCUCUUGGGAAAAGAAGAGCUCCGCCAGCAAGGGAGACUGCAGUUCAAAGCAACAACAUGAAAGGUCACCAAGGGCUCUCUGGAGGGACUGGCUUACUGACAGGUUGAGAAGGAGGACCAGCAGUGACUUUCUUACAGACAUGUCCUGCCUCCCUUAGGGACCCUUUUAAGGUCCACCUCUGAAAACUAAUGACUAUGGCCUCCAUUAGAUUCAGUUCUCCUAAAGCUUAACUGAUCACUUGUUCCAAGAUAACUGCCCACUCUGUGCCAUUAUGUCCAAAUAAAUACAAUACCCACAGUGGGUACAUAUAUAUAUAUAUAUAUCUGUGUAAACAUAUCCAUAUAUAUACAAAUGCAGGCUUUCUUGGCAUACAAAAGCUCGGCACCAUCAUAAGAGAUAGAGCUGGUGUGAGCAAAAUUAAUACUCUUCUUGCCAGCUGUAAAAGACAUCUGCAUUUCCUAGUGAGCUGCCAAGAACGAGACUCUGGGAGCAUAAAUGAUGUGCCAAAAACAGUCUAUUUAUUCCGACUUCCAGAGGCAAUCAGGAGCAGGCACAAAGUCAGAAUUACAGGUCGGAUAUAUGAAUUUCAGAUCUGUCACCACACUCAGCACCUGGGAUUGGGUUGGUGUCAAGCAUUGUAUGAGACAUAAACAUGGCGUCUGAGUUUUCUACUAAAACUACAUUUGUUACUUUGAAGAAAAGGAAAUGUGGAUGCCGUGGAAACUGCAAAAUCUUGGGUGAUAUGCUGCUUGAAAUAGAUAAGCUCCUCACCACCUCAGUCAAGCCGACCAUCAGAACCCUGUUGAGUACAGACUCAGGGUCAUCAUGCAGCUCUGCUUCACCUACUUUUACUGGAUAUUAGAAGUUUCGCUGGCGGUUACAUGCUCCAUCUAAACUUCAGAAGAAAAAACAUAUUCUAGUCAAUCUUCAUCCGUUGGGGUGGGGGGGACCAACAAGUAGAAAAGACUCAAGACAACUGGGUACCAGAUAUAAAAAUAACUUCUUCAAAGAAAACAUGCUCCAGCUCCUGUUAUCUGAGUGACUUUGAUGGGGAUGGCUCCAUGUGAUAGGAGCUGAUCCCAAACCUUUCGCAGCAAAUAGAACAGCAGCAGCUUACUAAAAACAACACGCACACUUACACAUGCCUUUUCAGCUUUACACAUGGAGGGUGGAUGGAGCAGGGCAACUAGAUGGAUUCCUUCAGCUUGCCAAGGGUGGAUGUGCACAAGGGAUAAGGUUAGGAAAAAAAAAACACAUUAGUCUAAGUAGCUGGUAGAACAUUGUGGGUUUUCUAAGUGGAAACCAAAUAAGAGAUUAGGUAAAAGGAAUUCAGCAAAGGUAGUCAUACUGAAACUUUUCCCCUUCCCAAAACAAUGCUAAUUUGUCCUUCCACCAAAGUAAUGCCAAUGAAAGUGCUAGUGUUAUGGCUCUGGCCAAGCCUGUUUUUUUGAGUAGUUUGAUGUCAAGUGCCUGAUAUAGUCAUCUGCAAGUUUAAUCAAGGGUGUUUGGAUUUUCUUUCUCAUUCUUAUUGGGAAGGGUGGAGAUGUAGGAAAUAGUUGUCAAAACAUAUAUAGCUCUGACACAGAUAGGUGCAUGGCUCUUCUGCUGUGGGUUACAGCUGUGUGCAUUUCAGAGGGAAAGGGACAUUUGUGUGUCACCAAGAUGGCUCAGCCUUUGUCCUCACACUGCUUUGGCUGUUGUUUACAGGUUGGGCAGUUAGUUCUUAAAAUCUGGUCAUAAGUUUGGUCUGGGUCUCUAGAAUCUUCACAGCUGAGGCUGUGUUUUAAGGAUCUCUUUCUGUAUCCAGCUGUUCACAUUGUCCUCAGCAAGGAGGAAGAGCAAAUUCUACUUACAGAGGAAAAAAGAGAAAAUACUGUGAGAGCAGAAAUCUCCCAAAGUAGACAGGUGAUCCCAGAGAGUUUAUCACAGCCACUGGAUAAGGAAUGGUUGGAAAUACAAUACUGGUAUUUGGAUUGAUGCUUCCAGGGCCAAAGAACCAAAUGUUCUUAGUAGCCUAUAUGGCUAUUACUAUCCCGUAAGAGAUGUUGGGGAGAAAUAGCUUACAAAGUUGUGAAAGAAUAUCUUCCCCCAAUUUGAACCUUAAUUUUUAUCAGGGUGAAAAAACAAAACAAAACAAACAAACAAACAAAAAAACUGUCUUCAUAGUGAAAGUAGUCAGCUAAACCCAAUCUCCAGAAUAAAUACCCGCCCCCCACACACACACCUUGGAGUUAUUCUUGUUGAAAUUAGAGGAAGCAGCAUAAUUAUUUCUAAUUUGUUGGGGGAAAAUGUAUUUUUCUCCACACAGCAAGAAUAUCUGGGUUUUAUUUGGCAUAAGCCUUAUUCCUAGAAAUCCUCAUGUCCAAUUACUUCCCUCCUUAUUAUCCAGAGCUUUGCUCUCUCUUUCUUUCAAGACAAAUAUGUUUGAGUAGCUGCAGUAGCACCUCACAGGUGUCCAAGCAGAAGGGCAGCACUGUAGAGGAUGCCAUAUGAUGAGAACUUCUAAUGACCACACACACAAAAAAAAAAACAAACAAACAAAUAAAAACGCCAGGCUCAUUUCCUUCAUUUCUUACUAAAGAGAAGAGAAGUAAAUGGAAAGAAGAAGAAAUAGAUUUGCAAUUAAAAAUGUGGCAAAAAGAUAAAGCUGAACCAGUGCAAUUUAGCCUUCAGGUGCAGACUACGGAGCCCGAAAGAAUGUGGAGUGAACUUAGUUAGAUACGAUUGUUUUCGUAGUGAAAGUAGUCAGCUAAACCCAAUCAGUCUCCAGUGUUUGGGAAGAGACUUCCUGCACCCCCUCCCCCAAGUGGUGCACUUUUUUAAGGCAUGUGGUUGUUUCACACCACUAGGUGGAGAAAGAAAGAUUGGGAGCCCUCUACCAUCCUCAUGGGUCUCCAUCCUAGGUUAUUUGGCAGAGUAUAAGAAUCUCAAUAAUAACAAUGGUAAGUAAUAAUAGCUGCCCUUGUGUUAGUGAAAAGGACCAUUUUUAAUCAUUCAGAAAUCUUUGUGACAUGUAAAGUGCAAUUGUGAGGAAUGUGUGGGUGUACGAAAAUGUAUCUGUCAAGUUCAGAGUCCUCUCUAGAUUAAAAAAAAAAACUAUGAUUAUCAAUGGUGCCGUUAAUAGCUGUGUUGAACAAUGGGUGUGCCCAUUUUCACAAUUAUUCUUAAAACAAAUCUAUGUUCAGAUGCUUUAAAAUUUAUCACAUGAUACAAGAAUAUGACUUUGUCAGCCUUUAAAACUUCUUUUUUUCUUUUGCUUUCUUAUUUUUUUCUUCAAAAAUCAAUGACGACUUGAUUUCUGUCAAUCAUUGUAUUGAGGGUGAAUAUUACUACCUGAAUUUUGUGCAUGUUACAUUGUAGUUGUGACCUUUUCUAAUUCAGGAUGAAUACAAGAUGGUUGUGACUGUGCAGUGUAUCAAUAAAGUUUGAAGAAAUUUGUAACUUU